AGUGAGCUAAGCGAGUUCAACCAAGCGGUAACUUAUGAUAGUUCGGGUUUCAAAGGUGUCCCAAAAUGUGGUGGACGGACAGUUAGACCACCUCGGUGACACUUUUAAGAACAUUGUCUAAGGACACGGAGAGUGUUACCGGAAAGCCCAAUGAGCUACACGGAACUGGAGCCGCUAAAGAGAGGGCUGUAAGCAACUGCAGCGACUGGCUCUGGAGCUGCUGCCGCCUCUGGCUCGCGAGAUUAUAACGUCAUUGUGAAAAAAAAACCGGCGUGCACCGCAGCGAGCCAGGUGGCUGUAAUCUCAACUAUUUUCACUCUAUUGCUUCAGGUCAAACUCCUCCUUUCAGGACAACCUUCCACUCUUGAGCCUGUUUUUCUUUUUCAGUUUCUGUUUCGUUUCCACAAAGAACCAAAAAGAGAAGCGUAUCCUUGAAGGAACAUGAAACUCCAUCACUGACAGGCGAUGAGAUUCUCAACUGCAAUGGGAGAAAACACUUCCAACUCCCCAUCAGCUUCUGAAAAUCAGGUUGGUACAGGACAGUCAGCACCGUACAGGACCUGGCUGACUUAUUCUACACUGCUACCAUGCUUUGUUCUAAUGGCAGCGAUUGGGUUACAGACUUUCAAGCAACAGAACAGCUCUGUGAGUGACAAAGCGCAAGACUUAACCGGUGAGCUUCGGAUCCUGAUGAUUGGAAAGACGGGUGUGGGCAAGAGUGCGACAGGAAACACCAUCCUGCGUGAAAAUGCCUUCAAAUCUGAGCUCUCCUCUUCCUCUGUAACCUCACAGUGUGAAAAAGUCAGCGGCAAUGUGAACAAAAGAAAAGUCACUGUUAUUGACUCUCCAGGUCUGUUUGAUACUGAGUUAACUGUGGAUGAGGUUGUUAAUCGGAUUAAACUGUGCAUUCCGCUGUCUGCUCCAGGUCCACAUGUCUUUCUAGUCGUGAUUCAGGUAGGUAGAUUUACAGAGGAAGAGAGAAAAACUGUUGAGAUAUUUCAAGCCAUUUUCGGCCAGGAGUCCUCCAGGUACACCAUGGUGCUGUUCACCCAUGGAGAUCAACUUGGGAAGCAGAAUAUUCAUCAUUUUGUACGAAACAACUCAAAUCUUUUGGAUUUCAUCAAGAAGUGCAACGGCCGAUAUCACAUGUUCAAUAACAAAGAUCAGGAACCGGACCAAGUCCUUCAGCUUCUGGACCAGAUUGAUAAGAUGGUCACUGGAAAUGGUGGAGAACACUACACCACAGGGAUGCUAGAGGAGGCUGAGAGAAUUAAAAAAAAAAUGCUUCGGAUCCUGAUGAUUGGAAAGACGGGUGUGGGCAAAAGUGCGACAGGAAACACCAUCCUGCGUGAAAAUGCCUUCAAAUCUGAGCUCUCCUCUUCCUCUGUAACCUCACAGUGUGAAAAAGUCAGCGGCAAUGUGAACGAAAGAAAAGUCACUGUUAUUGACUCUCCAGGUCUGUUUGAUACUGAGUUAACUGUGGAUGAGGUUGUUAAUCGGAUUAAACUGUGCAUUCCGCUGUCUGCUCCAGGUCCACAUGUCUUUCUAGUCGUGAUUCAGGUAGGUAGAUUUACAGAGGAAGAGAGAAAAACUGUUGAGAUAUUUCAAGCCAUUUUCGGCCAGGAGUCCUCCAGGUACACCAUGGUGCUGUUCACCCAUGUAGAUCAACUUGGGAAGCAGAAUAUUCAUCAUUUUGUACGAAACAACUCAAAUCUUUUGGAUUUCAUCAAGAAGUGCAACGGCCGAUAUCACAUGUUCAAUAACAAAGAUCAGGAUCCGGACCAAGUCCUUCAGCUUCUGGACCAGAUUGAUAAGAUGGUCACUGGAAAUGGUGGAGAACACUACACCACAGGGAUGCUACAAGAGGCUGAGAGAGCGUUAACCGGUGAGCUUCGGAUCCUGAUGAUUGGAAAGACGGGUGUGGGCAAGAGUGCGACAGGAAACACCAUCCUGCGUGAAAAUGCCUUCAAAUCUGAGCUCUCCUCUUCCUCUGUAACCUCACAGUGUGAAAAAGUCAGCGGCAAUGUGAACGAAAGAAAAGUCACUGUUAUUGACUCUCCAGGUCUGUUUGAUACUGAGUUAACUGUGGAUGAGGUUGUUAAUCGGAUUAAACUGUGCAUUCCGCUGUCUGCUCCAGGUCCACAUGUCUUUCUAGUCGUGAUUCAGGUAGGUAGAUUUACAGAGGAAGAGAGAAAAACUGUUGAGAUAUUUCAAGCCAUUUUCGGCCAGGAGUCCUCCAGGUACACCAUGGUGCUGUUCACCCAUGGAGAUCAACUUGGGAAGCAGAAUAUUCAUCAUUUUGUACGAAACAACUCAAAUCUUUUGGACUUCAUCAAGAAGUGCAACGGCCGAUAUCACAUGUUCAAUAACAAAGAUCAGGAUCCGGACCAAGUCCUUCAGCUUCUGGACCAGAUUGAUAAGAUGGUCACUGGAAAUGGUGGAGAACACUACACCACAGGGAUGCUAGAGGAGGCUGAGAGAGCGAUAGAAGCAGAGAAACAGAGGAUCUUGAAAGAGAAUGAAGCACAGAGACAGGAAGAGAUAGAAAAACUGAGAGCACAGUUAGAAGGGGAAAGGUUGGAAAGGGCGAUAGAAAUUAUAAUGGAGAAACAGGCAAGAAUGGCAAGGUAUGAAGCUGAAAGAAGCAGCUCUGUGUUUACCCGCUUUGGUCAAUUUGUAUAUAAGAUUGUCCGUAUGUUCUUUUAAAUAUGAUUUUAAGAGAAAGAUCUGAAGGAAAAGUUUGAGACUUUUUACUGCCAAUAACAUGUUUGUGGUAAUUCUGUCUAGUGCAUCAAGAUGCAGUUCAACUCUGGUGCAGUAUUACAUAAAAAUACAAUGUAACACACAUGAAAGAAACAGUGUACAAUAUGAAAUGUACAAAAUAUUGUGUUGGACAUAUUUGAAAAAUUUGACAUCAUAUAGUACAGAGGAAUCAUGAAAAAUCACGCAGUAAUUGUAUCUGUGCAUUGGUACAAAGGCUGGACAUGUAAUGAACAGAAUAUAUUGAUGUUCACAGAAGUUUUUUAACCUUAUAUACUCUCCAUGAGAGUUUAUUAACCUUGUGAAGGUUAAUAAAGAGUGAAAUGAAGGAAGAGGUAUUCCGGUUGUCUUUGAAGCUUCACCCGCAAUACCUUGCAAAUUAUUAUGAGUUUGAAUAUUUGUACUUCUGUACAAACUGUAACAGACGAUGUAAGAACACUGUUCAUCCUGGAUGAAUAAAAUUUUACAGUAAUCUUCUUA